AUGGGGCGCGUCAUCCUGCUGACUCUUGCCGUCAUGUCCAUGUUGCUGUGCCAGGGGUUUUGUUCAGGAGUUUUUGAGCUGAAGUUGCAGGAGUUCCUAAACAAGAAGGGAGUACAGGGCAACAAAAACUGCUGUAAGGGAGGCCUGACCUCGUCUUUCCAGCAGCAGUGCGAAUGUCAAACCUUCUUCAGGAUCUGUCUGAAGCACUACCAGCCCAACGCCUCCCCGGAGCCUCCGUGCACCUACGGCGGCGCUGUGACGCCCGUGCUCGGCUCUAAUUCGUUCCAGGUCCCCGAUGUCAUCCCGGAGAGUUCCUUCACCAACCCCAUCAGGAUUAACUUCGGCUUCACGUGGCCGGGGACCUUCUCGCUGAUCAUUGAGGCAUUACACACCGACUCCAAAGACGACCUCUCCACAGAGAACCCAGACCGCGUUAUCAGCACCAUGACCACGCAGAGGCAUCUAACAGUGGGAGAGGACUGGUCUCAGGACCUGCACACCGGCGGCAGGACGGAGCUCAAGUACUCCUACCGCUUCGUGUGCGACGAGCACUACUACGGGGACGGCUGCUCGGUGUUCUGCCGGCCGAGAGACGACGCCUUCGGCCACUUCACCUGUGGAGAGCGCGGGGAGAUUGUGUGCGACGCGGGGUGGAAGGGACAGUACUGCACUGAACCGAUCUGCCUGCCGGGCUGUGACGAAGAGCACGGCUUCUGUGAAAAACCCGGAGAGUGCAAGUGCAGAGUGGGAUUCAAAGGCCGCUACUGCGACGAGUGCAUUCGUUACCCGGGCUGCCUCCAUGGGACCUGCCAGCAGCCCUGGCAGUGCAACUGUCAGGAGGGCUGGGGGGGACUCUUCUGCAACCAAGAUCUCAACUACUGCACUCACCACAAGCCCUGCAUGAAUGGAGCCACUUGUAGCAACACUGGUCAGGGCAGCUACACCUGUUCCUGCAAGCCUGGCUUCACUGGGGCCAGCUGUGAGAUCCAGGUCAACGAAUGUGCAGGAAACCCCUGUCGCAACGGAGGAAGCUGCACUGAUUUGGAAAACACAUAUACCUGCACUUGCCCUCACGGUUUCUAUGGCAACAACUGCGAGCUGAGCGCCAUGACGUGUGCGGAUGGGCCCUGCUCCAACGGUGGCCGCUGUGCUGACAACCCUGACGGAGGCUACUUCUGCCAGUGCCCCACAGGCUACGCAGGGUUCAACUGCGAGAAGAAGAUUGACCACUGCACCUCCAGCCCCUGCUCCAAUGGUGCACGUUGUGUGGAUCUUGUCAACUCGUACCUGUGUCAGUGUCCAGAUGGUUUCACUGGCAUGAACUGUGACCACACUGGGGAUGAGUGUUCGAUGUACCCCUGCCAAAACGGCGGGACAUGCCAGGAAGGUCCUAACGGCUACACCUGCACCUGCCCACCGGGAUAUACUGGCCGCAACUGCAGCUCACCCAUCAGCCGCUGUGAACACAACCCUUGCCACAACGGUGCCACCUGCCACGAGAGAAACAACCGCUACGUCUGCGCAUGUGUUCCUGGCUACGGUGGCAGAAACUGCCAGUUCUUGCUUCCAGAGCAUGCUGCGAUCCGCGGGUCAGAGGUGCCCUGGAUGGCCGUCGGGUCUGGCGUGGCCCUGGUGCUGCUGCUGCUGGCAGGAUGCGCUGUGCUUGUUGGAUUUUUCCGUUCAAAAAAGCAGCGCAGCAGUCAAAUAGAAACUGCCGGUGAGGGAGAGACAAUUAAUAACCUGACUAACAACUGUCACCGCAGUGACAGGGACCUGGCGGUCAGCGUGAUGCCGACACCGGGCGUCAAAAACAUCAACAAGAAGAUGGACUUCUGCAGCGGUGACCCUGAUGAAGGAUCUUCACCGGGGAGGAGCAGCUACAAGAGCCGCCAUCCGCCUGCAGACUACAACCUCGUACACGAGGUCAACUACGAGCAGGCGGCCAAAGAGGCCAUGCUGGAGGCGGCCUGCGAGGACAAGUGCCAAUCCCUGGACUCAACGAUGACGCUAACAACUUUUUUCUUUCUUUCCUAA